AUGGCCAAGGGCAAUGGCUCUGGCCAGCGGUGGAUCUGCACGAAGUGUGGAUGUAAAAGGAACCUUGCUCAUUGGUGGAGGUGCAAGCAUUGUAGGUCGCCAUACAGUGAGUUUUGCGAGUGGUCUGGACGUAAUGGAGACGAGGGCGGAGACGUUUGGUGGCAGGACUGGCAGGACGGCAUCGCCCCAGGCACCGCUGCGCGCGCGACCGAGUCGACCGAGGCGAAGGUCGAGGACAUCCAGGCGAUCAUCGACUCCCUCACUCGCAUUGGCGACGCCAACGGUGCGGCCUCCUACUCCAAGCUCCUCGAGGUUCGGAAGGCGCAGCAGGCGGCGGCAACCAUCGGCCCGCCCCUCCAGCACCGUGUCAACGCGGCUUUCCAGUCCGUGCGCGCAUUGGAGGGCAAGCUCGAGCGCGCCGUCGGCCACUACCAGCGCCUCGAGACCCAGCUCGCCGAGCAGAGGAACUGGGUCCACAAGCUCAACUCUGACUUGGAGGCCGCCGAGGCCGAGCACACCCAGCUGGUGCGCGCCCUCCACGCCAACACCUGCGGACCUGGCGAGCCCAGGGCUUCUCCUGCUACGCCAGUCCCCAGUGUUGUCACCAUCUCGAUUGACGACAUCCUCGAAGGGAAGUCCGACUUGCCCAUUUCGCUGGGCACCUUCGGGCAGCUCGACGGUGAUGAGUACGAGUUGGAUCAGACUACCAAAGACGAGGCAAAGAAACGCAUGGACACCCUGCAGGCCGACAUCAAGGCAGCCGUGGGUACCCUCUUCGGGGCAGCCGCUGAGAAGAUCAAGGCCGCCAAAGAAGAACACCAGAAGCUCAUCGGACGGCUGCUGCUGCACCCGCCCAAGCUGCAGACGCACCUGCUGAGCCCUCGGCCGCUUCUGAGCCUGCAGGAGGUGGUGGUGGAGCCCCGCCUGGAG